AUGCAGAAAGUAGCCUUGCGUAUCCCUGAUGAGCAGCUCAGCUACUUUGUAAACUUCAGAUUUGGAGAGAAACAUGGAAGCCCCUGGUACUCAGUUGCGGCAGCCGGGAGACCCCAGACUCGUAAAACAGCUAGUUGGCUGGCAGCAGAGCUCUCAAAAGAAGGCCACCAGGUGGCUCUGCUGAGUGGGGAGAUGAUGGUGGAGCAGAGGGCUGCGGUGAUUGAGCGCUUCCGAGAGGGCAAAGAGAAGGUUCUGGUGACCACCAACGUGUGUGCCCGCGGCAUCGAUGUUGAACAAGUGUCUGUCGUCAUCAACUUUGAUCUUCCCGUGGACAAGGACGGGAACCCUGACAACGAGACCUACCUGCACCGGAUCGGGCGCACAGGCCGCUUUGGCAAGAGGGGCCUGGCAGUGAACAUGGUGGACAGCAAGCACAGCAUGAACAUCCUGAACAGAAUCCAGGAGCAUUUUAGCUUCCCCUGGAGAGAAGCAGGCUGCCAGAGAGCCUGUGCUGUUCUCAGCAGCACAAACAGUCGCUAG